UCUCUCUCUCUCUCUCUCUCUCUCUCUCUCUCUCUCUCUCUCUCUCUCUCUCAUCUUUUUUCUUUUCUUUUUUUAACUUGUGAAGAUAUUUUUGGGUUUUAAAUCUUGGAAUUUGAGGUGAAAAUGGAGAGGGAUUUCAUGGGUUUGAAUUCUAAGGAAGAAGCCAUUGAAGCAGGUGAUAGUAGGCGAACCGGAAAUCAUUCUAGUGUACAAGUACAACAACGUAGUCCGGUUCAGUUAACCAUCUUUUACAAGGGCACUGUGAACGUGUACGAUGAUAUGUCCCCUGAAAAGGCACAAGCCAUAAUGUUAUUAGCUGGAAACGGGGUCCACGUGAGUCAACCAAUGACCACCGCCCCCUCGAGCCCAGUGUCGAUCAGUCCAUCAACCGGCACAGGCUCAAGGGCGGCAAUGGAUGCUACAAAAGCCAUGAGCUCGCUUCGACGAGUCAUGCAAUCAGCGGUUCCCCAGAUGAGGGGAGCAUCUUUGGCUCGGUUUCUUGAGAAGCGAAAGGAAAGAGUGAUGGCUUCAGCACCUUAUAACCUUGGUAAAAGUAUGUUACCCGGAUCAAGUAGCAGAAUGAAUAAAGAUGAUAACAAGUAAACAUUUUACAUAUUUUUUGGAGUUAUUCAGGGCAUGUUUUUAAGCUCGAUCCUUCAACAAUCUCUCUCAUUGUAACUGUAUGUUGUAAAGCUUCAGGUGUUUACAAGGACAGAUUUUAUGUUUUUAAUUCUAUUUUGUAGUUUAUAUGUGUAAUAAAAGGAAAGUUUCAACAUUUAAUAAACUAUGUGAAUUUUUUUUGGCA